CGCUCAUGGAUUGAUAAACAAUUCAAGAUGGCACCGUGUAUAGUGUUGGCUGGCCUUCACUCGGUGUUGUCUAUUUUACAGUUCCUGCUAAUAUUUGUAUGUUUUAUUAACCCAAAGUACUCUCUUUGGAUUUACGAUUGCAAAACUUUGAUUCAAAUUCGUGCACUAAUGGCAGAUGUCACUCGGAGCAAAAAAAGGACUUUGUCCUCGCAGCAGCCUGGGACUGAUCGUCGGCGAAAGCGUGGCAGCAAAGGAGGGAAGUAUAUUAAAGCUAAAGCGGCGGAGGUGCUCGAGAGGAACCAGGCGGCUCGACGAAACAGGCCUCCGAGAGGAAUACAUCUCACCAAUCUGAGUUAUAUCGAAUCGGAUGUGUUCUCGAAUGGGACUUCAUCGCUCCCAUUGGACUCUGAUAAUGAGGUCGCUGAUGUUCCCGUGCCGAUGCUCCCGCCGCCGUCCACGCCGUCUGUGGAGGAGCUGAUCCAGCAGAGCCAGGGGAACCUGCAGCAGCAGGAGCAACACCUGCUCAGCCUCGGACAGGAGCAAGUGACGGCCGCCAUCUCUUUGGCGAUGGAGCAGCAGAUGCAGAAGCUGCAGGUGGAGACACAGCUGGACAUGAACGAGUUUGAUAACCUGCUGCAGCCCAUCAUAGACACCUGCACCAAAGAAGUCAUAGCGGCUGGAAAGGACUGGAUGCUCAGUAAUGCUAAAACCCAGCCGCACUGCGAGCUGAUGGCGUCGCAUCUCAGAGACCGCGUCAUUGCAGACGGGGCUCAAUUCGAGCUCCGCCUACAUCUCAUCUAUCUGACCAAUUGCGUCCUGCAUCACUGUCAGAGGAAUAAUCAGAAGGAUCUGUUGGCGGCUCUUCAGAAGGUCGUGGUUCCCAUUUACUGCACCAGCUUCCUGGAAGUAGAGGAAGAAAAGCGGCAGAAUAUCACCCGCCUGCUGGUGCUCUGGGAGAAGAACGGUUACUUUGACAACAUCACGAUUCAGCAGCUUCAGAGUCCGGCUCUGGGUCUGAGACAGUAUCAGGCGUCGCUCAUCACGGAGUAUGCUCCGGUGGUGCAGCCCAUCCAGAUGGCCUUCCAGCAGCAGAUCCAGGCUCUGAAGACGCAGCACGAGGAGUUCGUGAACAAUCUGAAGCAGCAGCAGACAGCAGCGGUGACUUCUCAGCUUGGAGAUCCAAAUCCUCCAUUGCCCGUUUGGUUCAAUCCGUUGCACAACAUGCUGGCGUGGAACCCGCAACAACCUCCGCCUUUCGACCCGUAUCAAGCCCCGCCCCCCUGGCCCCCCUGGAACAGCAAUGGGGGCAUGUGGAACUGGAGCAGCCCUUGGGACGGGGGCUCCACAGGCCCCUGGAGCGGUCAGUUCAACCAACCACCUUGGAGUAGCCAGCCGGAUCAAGCAUCACCAUGGGGCCACUGGCCCUUCCCUCCUCCUCAGCAGCCACCACCACCACACAACUUCGGACACUUCAUGCAGGACGAGUUUCCUCCACGGCAUCCCUUCGAACAGUCGUCGUAUCAGCCGCAUCGAUUCGACUACCAACAGGAAGACUUCCCUGGAGAGAUCAGUUCGCCGCCUCAUCACCACUCAAACCAGAGGACUCCUUCUCCUGGGAUAUCUGAUUCUCCUCUGUAUGGUGGACAUCAGCAUCCUGAUUCCGGGUCGCCUCCUCAUGGCUAUAAUGGUCAGGCGUCACGCAAGCGGUCACACAAGCGGUCACACAAGCGGUCACAAAAGCGGUCACACGAGCGGUCACAUGAGCGGUCACACAAACAUCGUCAGAGCCCUUCUCACGUAAAUCAGGAUGACCCCAGCCUGGUGCCCGAUGAGCCUUACUACGACCUUCCUGCAGGACUUAUGGUGCCACUUGUGAAGCUUGAAGAUUAUGAUUUUAAGCCUCUGGACCCCAAAGACCUCCGUCUGCUGCCCGUAAAGCCUCCCAGUGACCGUGUGCUGGCUGCGGUGGAGGCGUUUUACAUCCCACCAUCUCACGACAGACCAAGAAACAGUGAGGGUUGGGAACAGAAUGGUCUGUAUGAAUUCUUCCGGGCCAAAAUGCGAGCGAGGCGGAAAAAAAAGGAACGGGACAAACGCAACAGCACACGGAGUCCUUCGGGCAGCCGGUCAUGCAGCCGAGGGCGAUCUAUCUCAAGUUCUAGCUCCAGAUCUUCCAAAUACUCUCGGUCCAGAUCCCGAUCCAGAUCCCGCUCUCGCUCCUACUCCAGAUCUCACUCUCGUUCUCGCUCCUACUCCAGAUCUCGCUCUAAGCAUCCCAAAAAUAUAUCUGCUUUGACAUUGUUGUUGAACACAUUUUUUACUUUGUCCCGGAGGAGCAGGAGUCGCUCCAGAUCCGGGUCCCGAAGUCGAUCCCGCUCCAGACAUCGUGCCAGAUCACGAUCACCAGAUAAGCGUCGCCACGCUGCAAAAUCUCGCAGUCCAGCGCCACCCAGGAGUCACUCCAGAUCCGGGUCCCGAGGUCGCUCCCGCUACAGACAUCGUGCCAGAUCACGAUCUCCAGACAAGCAUCUUGACGUUGCAAAAUCACGCAGUCCAGCGCCACCCAGGAGUCACUCCAGAUCCGGGUCCCGAAGUCGCUCCCGUUACAGACAUCGCGCCAGAUCAAGAUCUCCAGACAAGGAUCUUGACGUUGUAAAAUCUAGCAGUCCAGUGCCACCAAGCAGGAGUCACUCUCGAUCCAGAUCCCGAAGUCGCUCCAGAUCACAAUCUCCAGACAAGCAUCUUGAUGUUGAAAAAUCACGCAGUCCAGCGCCACCCAGGAGUCACUCCAGAUCCGGGUCACGAAAUCGAUCCCAAUCCAGAUCUCGUUCAGAGUCACAAUCUCCAAACAAGCAUCUUGAAGCUGCAAAAUCACGCAGUCCAACACCACCAAACAGGGGUGACUCCAGAUCCGGGUCCCAAAGUCGCUCCUGCUCCAGAUCACAAUCUCCAGACAAGCAUCUUGACACUGCAAAAUCUUGCAGUCCAACACCACCAAGUAGGAGUCAUUCCAGAUCUGGGUCCCGAAGUCGCUCCAGAUCUGGCUCCAAGUCACAAUCUCCAGACAAGCAUCUUGACACUGCAAAAUCUUGCAGUCCAACGGCACUAAGCAGGAGUCAGUCCAGAUCCGGGUCCCAAAGUCGCACCAGAUCUCGCUCUAAGUCACGAUCUCCAGACAAGCAUGUUCACACUGUAAAAUCACGCAGUCCAACGCCACCCUCCACAUCUGGUUUGGGUUCAGGCCCUGCUACGUUACCAGCCGACCUCAGGUUGGGCGAAGAAAACAAGGGCUAUCAGAUGCUCAUGAAGAUGGGCUGGAGCGGAUCAGGAGGUCUUGGUGCUAAAGAACAGGGCAUUCAAGACCCCAUCAAAGGAGGAGACAUCCGGGACAAGUGGGACCAGUAUAAAGGAGUGGGAGUCUCUUUGGAUGACCCGUACAUGAACUUCAGGAAAAACAAAAGCAACGAUUUUGCCACAAAGAUGAAAGCACGAGAAAAAGUAAGCAGAGACCCACAGGAUCCCUCCAGCACAGAGUGAUCACCCAUCACACGUGAACUUCCUCUAUAGCGUGGGUCUUGGGUCGCCUGUGAGCACUAAUAAACUAGAAGGAAAAAAAAGUCCUGCUUAUAAACACUAAAGAUAUUGAAGAAAUCUAAAAACAUUUUGAUAUAUAAACAACAAUCAUUGAACGUCUAACCCUCACAGCCUCAUUUUCGUUCCCUGUCGAAUUCUUACCUCUUUAGUAUCCUCUAGUGUGGUGUAUUUAUAAUCAGCGUGUCCUAGUGACUCAAUCACUGACAUGUAAUGACGUCUGGUGGAGUCAAUGAAUACUCUAGUGAGAUCUAACUGCUGCCGCGACAUGUUGUUGAGUGCAGAAAUGGUAGGGCUAUGCGAUCAUAACAUUAACAUGGAAGAAAUAUUAAUGUGUUCAGGGUUAUUCAGACGUAAAGCGUGUAGUUCAUAUUGUGUACUCACUCUUGAUGGUUGUGGUUGCUUUUGGGGUGGGGUCCACGUACGUCAUGCCCAGUGAUGGACCAACGGCAGCCAUGCCUGAAUCAAUUGACAGCUUAAAUCGGUGCAUCUCACAAAAAUGUGUCCAGGUCUUCCCAGGUUUUUUGCAUUGCGGUAAUGGGAGUUUGUAGCAAAAUGUGCUUAAAUGUCAUGAAAAUAGUUAAAAAAACAAAC